CAUCUGAUCCAAGCAUAACUCCUCCUCUUCUCCUCUUUGUUUCGAUCUCCUUCUCUUUUUCUCUCUUUAUACCUUUCUCGUUUUUGCUCUUAUGCUUUUGCUUUAGAGUGGCCAUGGAAGCAUCAUUCUCACUGUUCUAUAGUGGUGGUAUGGAGGGAACGACAGGUUUCUUGUUGCCCAACCAACGGCAACAACAGCAAACGAUGAUGGGACAGCGUUAUUUUCCUGCAAGACCAAUGAGCAACCAGGCGCUCCUCCAGCAACACCCGGCCUUUCUUCUGAGCAAAUUGGCCAGGGCCCGUGAGCGAGCAGUGCAACUGGAAGCAUGUCUCGAAAGAGCAGAGGAGGAGAGGAAGAUGUGGCAGAGGAUGGCCGCUCGCCACCCAUUGACGGCCGAAGAACCGAGGGAGGGAACAGGGAUGGAACUGUGCAAGGAUGCCUUGUAAAUCCGCAAAGAAUAUAUUUUUGUCUAGCACCCUACUCUUUUCUUGAAUUGCAAAUAAUGAAAGGCUAAUAAAUUGUUAAUUUUGUUUCUGGUUUGUCAAUGAUUUCUUUUUG